CCCAGUGACUUCCAGCUUCCGGCACACCUCGGCACCCAUACAAACACAUAGACAGUAAAGACGGACUUGAUAUAUUUGCACACAGAUGACGGCCCCAUCAUCCUCGACCCCGGCGACCCCCAGACCCCCGGACCUCUUCGUCAAGGAUACGACGACUACCACGGCCACUUAUGAGCCUCCUGUACGGGAUCCUUCUGGUUUCUCCAUGGUCUCGGCCGAUGACGCAUUGGUGAUCGAUAACGGCUCCUGCACCUUCCGCGCAGGUUUCUCCUCCCACUCCCAACCGUACAUCAUCGAACCCAACCAGACAUCCAAAUACCGUCAUUCCAAGACCACCGCCAACCCGACAUCCAAUAUCCAACUACACUUUGGGACAGCGUGCGAUCACUCGGCUUCUUCCCGAGCUGCUACGAAAGGGGUCUGGGACGGCGACUUGCUCGUCGGCGUAGACGGCUUGGAGGUGGCUCUGGAUUAUAGCUUGAACGCGCUGAGGAGGUUUAGCCCCGGUCCGAAGGGGUUGGACGGGGGUUCUUUUGUCCCGCACCCGGUCAUCAUGACCGAACGAUUAGGAACCCCAUUACAUUCGAGGAGUUUGACGUCGGAGUUGUUGUUCGAGGGGUACGGAGUUCCUUCGGUCUGCUACGGGGUGGACGGGCUGUGGGGCUGGUACGGAAGGAUGGGAGAAGGGGCGUCGUCUGCUGGUUCUUCUUCGGCACCUGUUUCUGCGGGAGGUACCAAUUCUAAAAGAAGAAAGAGCACGCAGGGCAACUCGGACGUGAAGAUAGGAGAAACGGCUCCUACGUCAGACGGACUGGUGAUCAAUAUGGGGCAUUAUAGUACUACCCUCAUUCCCGUCCUAAGUGGUAGGGGUUUGGUAGAGCGGGCUAAACGGAUCCCAUGGGGCGGGGCACAAGCUACCGAGCUGAUGCUCAAGCUGGCUCAGCUCAAGUAUCCCAACUUUCCGACUAGAGUCACGCCGAGCCAAGCUACCUUCAUGUACCAGGAGACGGCCUACUUCUCGUUGGACUACGGGACCGAGGUCGAAUCGCUCGCCGACCCGGAAAAGAUGGCUCGGAUGAGCAAGAUCGUCCAGUUCGAACACGCAAGCACGCCGGAAGCUGUACAGAAGACCGAGGAGCAGUUGGCGGCGGCACAGGAGAGGAAGAAUGUCAUGAUCGAUCGGCUGAGGGAGCAGACGGCCAAGAAAAAGGCUGAGAACGCUGCUCAAAGGGAAAGAUCCUUGGCUAUUUUUAGGGAUCUGAAGGAGCGAAAAGAGGCACUGAGUGCCGCGGAUUAUGAGGCUGCCUUGGCAGCGGAAGGCUUGGAGUCUCAUGCAGACUUGGAAAAGGCUAUCAAAGCGAUCGAGAGCGCGAUCAAGCGGUCCAAUAAGGGCAACGGGGAAGCGGAGGACGAGGAGGACGACAUUCAGACGUUUCCCAUGGUGGAUGUACCGGACGACCAGCUCGACGAGGAAGGAAAGAAGGAGAAGAGGAAACAAAAGUUGCUGAAAUCCAACUAUGACGCCAGGAUGCGGAUGAAGGCUGAGAAGAAGGCCGAGAAAGCCAGAGUGGCCGAAGAAAAACGCAAGGACGAAGAGUCGAGAGCCGCAGAUCCAGAAGCUUGGGCUGCUAGGCUACGGGAGGAUCAUGCCGCCACGAUCAUUCGGAUGAAGGAGCGUAAGAAGAAACGUCAGGCGCUGACAAAUCGAAAGACGGCGACGGCACAAGCACGGAUGAAGACCAUAUCGAAUCUAGCCAACGAUCAGCCUCCAGCGAAACGGCGGAAGAAGGGGAAUGAAGAGGAUGACUUUGGCGCCGACGAUGACGACUGGGCGGUCUAUAGGGAAAUUGAUGGCGGUGAGGAUUCGGAGGCCGAGGCGGACGAUCAAGACCAUGUACGGGAGCUCGAGGCAGCUCUCUUGCAGCAUGACCCCUUGUUCGACCAGGAAAUGACGCUCGCAGCUCAAAAUCAACGGCAGACGGCUCUCAUCAACGCGUUCAUCCGAUCGGACCAAAAGUUCGACCCUGAUGAUAUGGGUCAGGCGCAUCAGAUUCAUUUGAAUGUCGAACGGAUACGGGUUCCAGAGACUUGGUUUCAUCCGAGCAUGGCUGGCGUGGACAGCGCAGGAAUGGCAGAAGUCGCAGGGUGGAUGUUGAACGGGUUCUCGCCGGAGGAAAGGCGGCGGAUGAUGCAGGGUAUCUACGUCACCGGAGGAUCUUCUGUCUUACCGAACCUGACUCGACGACUGGAGCGCGAACUAACGACGCUCUUGCCAUUCCAAGAACCUCUUAAAAUCGUGACGGAUUGGCCUGGGACGACCGGGAUCUCGGCAUGGAAGGGGAUGGCACAAUGGUCGCGGACGACGGAAGCCAAGGCGGCUGCGGUGACGCGGGCGGAAUGGCAGGAGAUGGGAGGAGGGUAUCUGAAAGAGCAUCGUUGGGGCAACUGGGCGGAUGAACCGCCUGCGUGAUCGAUCGGGCCGGAUGUAAUCCACUCUGUAGCAGAAGGCAUCUGGAGCUUGUGAGCUUCUUGGGCGGACAUUCCCUAUGGCGAUCAUCGCAGAUUGCAAGAGCAUUCACUAUGGUUUCGCAUAUCCCUGCUCGAAGUUAUCGAUCCUUCUCUGACCUCAUGGCU